CACCAGUGGCAUUCCCAACGCUGCUCUAAACCAUCGAUAAGUAAUUUUUGCAAGCGAUCGCUUUUCCGCCUUGGCUCUGGGAGCUCGCCUUGGAGCCUUUGAUGUCGGAUGUGCCCUACUUUGGAUAUUCCUGCAUUGAAUGUCUGAGGAGCUCCGGCCGAUCCUGAGCCAUGUCGCAGAUGUUGCACAUAGAGAUUCCCAACUUUGGGAACACCGUGCUGGGCUGCCUGAACGAGCAGCGCCUGCUGGGGCUCUACUGCGAUGUCUCCAUCGUGGUGAAGGGCCAAGCCUUCAAGGCUCACCGGGCGGUGCUGGCCGCCAGCAGCCUCUACUUCCGAGACUUGUUCAGUGGGAACAGCAAAAACGCCUUCGAGCUGCCGGGCACCGUCCCCCCCGCCUGCUUCCAGCAGAUCCUCUCCUUCUGCUACACCGGCAAGCUGACCAUGGCGGCGAGCGAGCAGCUGGUGGUGAUGUACACGGCGGGCUUCCUGCAGAUCCAGCACAUCGUGGAGAAAGGCACGGACUUGAUGUUCAAGGUCAGCUCCCCGCACUGUGACUCUCAGACCACCAUGAUCGAAGACCCCAGCUCGGAGCCGCAGAGCCCCUGCAACCAGCUGCAGUCGGCCUCGGCGCCCUACGUCAUGUCCCCCUCCAUGCCCAUCCCGCUCCUCACGCGCGUCAAACACGAGAACCUGGAGCUGCAGGCCCUGCCCGGCCUGCCCGGCAAACGGCCCCUGGAGCCUGGAGCUCGGGACGGGCCCGGCGGCGGCGGCGGCACCAGCGCGGGGCCCCUGAAGCUGUCGCGCGUCUCCUACUACGGCGUGCCCAACCUGGCCACGCUGCUGCCCAACGUGCAGCAGGUGCAGUACUCCCAGGGAGAGCGCACCAGCCCCGGCGCCAGCAGCAUCCCCACCACCGACAGCCCCACCUCCUACCACAACGAGGAGGAUGAGGAGGAUGAUGAGGCCUACGACACCAUGGUGGAGGAGCAGUACGGGCAGAUGUACAUCAAGUCCUCAGGAGGUUACUCUGUUGCUCAGGAGAAGGCAGAGCAGAUCCCUCUGGAGAACCGCUCCUGUGUGCUGAUCCGGCGGGACCUGGUGGCGCUCCCUGCCAGCCUCAUCAGCCAGAUCGGCUACCGCUGCCACCCAAAGCUCUACUCCGAGGGGGACCCUGGCGAGAAGCUCGAGCUGGUUGCAGGCUCAGGUGUUUACAUCACCCGGGGCCAGCUGAUGAAUUGCCAUUUAUGUGCUGGUGUCAAACACAAGGUCCUGCUCAGACGUCUCCUGGCCACCUUCUUCGAUCGGAACACUCUUGCCAACAGCUGUGGAACUGGAAUCAGGUCCUCCACGAGCGAUCCCAGCAGGAAGCCCUUGGACAGCAGGGUCCUCAAUGCAGUCAAAUUGUACUGUCAGAACUUUGCCCCGAGCUUUAAGGAGAGCGAGAUGAACGUGAUCGCGGCCGACAUGUGCACCAACGCGCGGCGCGUGCGCAAGCGCUGGCUGCCCAAGAUCAAGUCCAUGCUGCCCGAGGGGAUGGAGAUGUACCGCAGCGUCAUGGGCUCCUCCACAAACACUGUCCCCCUGGAGCCCGACUUCCAGCCUGGCGCGGCCCAGCCCUUCGAGCAGCGCAUCUAUGCAGAGAGGAGGAGCGAGGCGGGGACUAUCGUAGCCCUGAGAACUAGCACGGUGAACGUGGAGCUCAGCAACGGGUCCAGCCAGUCCUUCGAGCAGGGCGAGGACGCCGAGGGCAGCGGCUCUGUGAUCCAGGAGGCAGCUGCCACGGAGGCUGUGGCGUCAGAAACCCAAAGCACCCCCCAACCCUUCGAGCAAGGCUCGGGCUCCUCCAGCCGGCCCGAGACCCCCGUGAGGAGACAGGAUGGUACUUAUGGAGGGACUUUAUAAAGAGAGCAAACAUUUCAUGACCUAUAAGGGAUCUGUAAUACUAAAGCUGCUUGCAUGCAUUACUAAUACGAAACAAAAAAAAAAUGUGAUCAAGCCACUUACCUACUGAACUGCUACUGUUGCCUGAAAAAAAUGUGAUUUUUAUUCUGCUUGUAUUUAAAAUUUAUGAAGGAAAUAA